CGACGAUCGGCGGACGUUGCUGACAAAGCACUUCAGGCACACACACACACACACACACACACACACACACACACACAGACAGACAGAGCAGACACACACACACCCACACAUACAUACACACACAUACAUACACACACACAUACACACACACACAGUCUCUCUGUGCCACGAUGGACUUGUUGGGGGAGUGGGGCGAGUUCAAGCCCGCUGUGCCAGUUGAAGGUGGCUCAGACAUGAACUCGUGGAAGUUCUGGCAUGGCUUCUUCUCUCAGAUUGAAUGGACAGAGCCGUUUAUUGUGUUCGUCUGCGUCUUCCACCUGAUCACGCUUCUGCUGAUCAUCAGCACCAAGGGUUACCUCACCUUGCAGUGCAUUUUGGGCGCAUCCCUCCUGGGCGUCGUGUACUUGGGCGAAACACUCAAUGAGUUGGCGGCGUUGCAUUGGAGGGAGUUUUCGCGCCACCAGUACUUUGACUCGCAUGGCAUGUUUUUCUCCGUGGUGAUCUCGCUGCCCAUCCUCCUCAACACAAUGCUGCUCACGGUUGGGUGGCUGCUGAGCGCUGCGUCGCUGUUGAAGGACGUGCAGGUGCAACGGAUCAAGGCGCAGGCGCGUGCAAGUCAAGAGCAAGGCAAAGGAGAUGAGAAGAAGGAGAACAAUCAGGAAGACACCAAGCAGAGCACGAACAAGAAGGGAGGCGAGAGCAAAGGGCAACGUGACGCAGUUCGGAACAGAAAGGCGCGUGCAACCACAUGAUGUCGUUUGUUGUUGUUGUUGUUGUUGUUGCUUGUUUUUGUGGUGUGGGUUUGGCACUGCUCUCGUUCAUCACACCGGCAGACGCGGUUGUGGUUGUUGUUGUUGCUGUUCAUCGUGGCAUGUAACUGAGAGAGAGUGUGUGUGUGUGUUCAUUUCUUCAUUCAUAGGAUGAUAAUGUCACAUAGCAAAAAGUCAAGUCAAGUCAAC